AAACCCAGCACCAUCCUCCAUUUUUCAUGCCCUUCAUUUCCUUCCAACACAACUAAACAGAAAAUGGGCCUCUCUAGACCAUCAGCAGCCAUGUUUAUGCUCUUAUUUUUUGCUUUCACCUUGUCCUCAGCCAUGGACAUGUCGAUCAUAUCCUACGAUCAAAGUCAUGCCGCCAAAUCUAGUUGGAGGACCGAUGAUGAGGUCAUGGCUAUAUACGAAGAGUGGCUAGAGAAAAACGGCAAGGCUUACAACGCUUUAGGAGAGAAGGAAAGAAGGUUUCAGAUUUUCAAAGAUAAUCUAAGGUUUAUCGAUGAGCAUAACUCGGAGAAUCGGGCCUACAAGGUCGCGUUGAACCGGUUUGCUGAUAUUUCCAACGAAGAGUACCGGUCCUUGUACCUAGGUGCUCAAGCUGGUGUCAGGAGGAACAAGUUGCGUAAAUCUAGUGAUCGCUACACUCCACGUGUCGGCGAGUCCUUGCCGGAUUCUGUUGACUGGAGGAAGGAAGGCGCCGUUGCCGAGGUCAAAGACCAAGGGAGUUGCGGGAGUUGCUGGGCAUUCUCAACAAUUUCUGCUGUGGAAGGGAUCAACAAGAUUGUCACCGGCGACCUGAUCUCUCUAUCUGAGCAGGAGUUGGUGGAUUGUGAUACCUCUUAUAAUCAAGGAUGCAAUGGAGGUCUGAUGGACUAUGGCUUUCAAUUUAUUAUCAACAAUGGUGGCAUUGAUACUGAAGAAGAUUACCCUUACCUUGCUCGUGAUGGCAGAUGCGACACAUACAGGAAAAAUGCCAAGGUUGUUACAAUUGAUGAUUAUGAAGAUGUACCUGUUAAUAAUGAGGAGGCGCUAAAAAAGGCGGUUGCAAAUCAGCCAGUGAGUAUUGCAAUUGAAGCUGGCGGCAGAGAAUUCCAGUUUUACUCAUCGGGUAUCUUUACAGGAAAAUGUGGAACUUCCCUGGAUCAUGGUGUUGUUGCCGUUGGUUAUGGUACAGAAAAUGGUAAAGAUUUCUGGAUUGUCAGGAACUCAUGGGGAAAAAGCUGGGGCGAAGAUGGCUACCUCAGGAUGGAGAGAAAUAUUCAGAGUCCAACAGGAAAAUGUGGAAUUGCAAUGGAGGCAUCUUAUCCAAUCAAGAAGGGCCAAAAUCCCCCAAAUCCUGGCCCUUCUCCCCCAUCCCCAGUAAAGCCUCCAUCUGUAUGUGACAAUUAUUAUAGCUGCCCUGAGGGCAACACUUGUUGCUGCAUCUUUGAGUAUGGGAACUACUGCUUUGAAUGGGGAUGUUGCCCACUUGAGGGUGCUACCUGCUGUGAAGACCAUUAUAGUUGCUGCCCAAAAGAAUAUCCCGUCUGUAACAUUAACCAGGGAACUUGCUUAAUGAGCAAGGACAAUCCAUUAGGAGUGAAGGCAAUGAGGCGCACUCGUGCCUUGCCUCAUUGGGCUCUUGCAAAUGGAAGCAAGAAGAGCAGUGCUUAGACAAAAGUUAGGUCGCUGCAGCAUGGACAAUAGAACAGGAAGGAACAGAAGAAUCGGACCAGUGGUUGAUUGUCUCCUCCUUGGUUAUUGUGAAGCUGCAGCCAUUUUCCACCAUUAGGAUAUUGAAAGAAGGAUGGUUUACUCAAAAGAUUAUUUAUUUAGAUGCUGAUUAUGUAUAUAGCUUCCUAUUUAUCAUGUUGCAUUUGAAGAACAAAUUAUAUUAAUCAGGUUCAAUUAUCCACUGUAGAUAUGGCUUUCAUGAUCUGGUUUCUCAUUCCAACUGUACUUGCACUCUGCAAUUCAUCAAAUAACAUUUAUCUUCUCUUCUGUCCUUC